AUGAUGAACAAUACCACCUUUAAAACAGCCAGUCCAAGUUCUGCACGAUGGGGCAACUCUCUGGAAAUCUUGUCCAUGCAAGAUUACCAACUGACAUUGUUUGUCUUGCACUGUGUUGUCAAGCCUGUUGUUGUUGUUGUUGUGGGCGUGCCGUCCAACAUCAUCAGCUGUGUGGUGUUCUGGCGCCAGGGACUCGGGGACCGCAUGAACGUGUGUCUGUUGGCGCUGUCGCUGGUGGACCUGUGCUUCCUUCUCGUCUCCAUGGCCUACAGUGUCGGCUACUACCUGGGGCAGGUGGACCCCGUCAGGUACGGAGGUGUCUACGACCUCCUGCUAGCUUUCAUUGCUGGAGUCAAUCACGGAUUUCGAAGUGCUUCCGGAUGCAUCACCAUGGUGAUAGCCGUAGAGCGGUGCCUGUGUGUAGUGUUUCCUUUGAAGGCGACGUCUUUGAUCAGCAGUCGCAACAUGGCGGUUAUCAUGAUUUUCAUUGUUUGUUUUACUCAAAUUGGUUUUUUCACAACACCCGCAAGGUUUGUGGUUAAUAGAGUUAAUAACGGCUCCUCCAAAUUUGUUCUUGUAGCUUCUGCCUUGUACACGGAGAAUCAAGCCUUCUUCAAUAUCCUGGAAAGUAUUGUGAUGAUGUGUGUACUGCCGUUAACAACCUUUCUAGUGACGUGUGUGUCCACCGUCCUGACCGUGGUCAAGCUGAGAGCCGCCAUGACGUGGAGGGAACAGGUAAUCCGCAGUAAGGACAAAGGUCAAAGUCAUCAACACACGGCGCUGACCAAGAUGCUUGUAGUGGUCUCCUGUGUCUACAUACUAACCACCAUACCCUGGAUAGUAGUCUACUUGGCCUCAUUUUUGGAGGUGCGCGGCGUCACUGUCUCAUUCCCCUCCACAUCAUCCAAUCAUGAUCCUCUGUCCUUUGGCAGAAGUUCUAUCACCAAGCUCUUGCCUGGCUACAUCAAAAGGCUGUGUCCAGAUGCCUGGUUCUUUGGUUCUCCCACAUCUUCACCUGUGGUUUUUGUUGCGCACGUCUGA